AAGCGCUCCCCGGUGCGGUACUGCGGCGCAGUGGGUCUUCGACUAGACUCCACACCUCUGUGAACUUAAGCAUGAACUUCACGGUGUCGUUGGAUCAGUGUGUUUACGAUGGAAUGAUACACGAAUUUUGUAUGCAUUUCAGAAGAAUAACCACUUGUGUGUAGUUCUCGUUCAAAUCACGAAAGAUUAUUCAACUUGUACGUGUUCAAACAUUGCACAAACCGUGUUUACGUUCAUUAGAAAGCUUUCGGGGAAAAAAUAAAAGAUUACUAUCGCGUUGACAGUGCCAUGUCGUAAGUGAUAGUGCGAUGGUUUGUUUGUGUAGUUGUGCUGAAAAAGGUGGCUAUUCGGUUCGGUUUGAAGGGCUAUAAAAGUGAGCGAAAAGGUGACCUUUUAAUUAGAUUCUUGCCAUUCCGUACAGUGACACCAGUGGUGCUGAUCGUGCGUGGCGUUCAAACAGCAUUCUAUCUUUUGAAGUAAGCCCAAGGAAAGGGAUACACAAGUGUAAACAAAAGUCCGCCAAAGACUUGUCGGUGUACGGAACUCGAUUCUGGGCUACGGAAAAGAGCAGAUUGGGCAAAAACAAAAAAAAACAACAACCUUCAACUCCGUUUGAUUUGUUUCACGCGCGUGUGUUUAUCCGAGAAGUGUGUUGUGUUUGCAAAAAGGAGCGUCUGAGCAGUUGAUAUUAGCAAACGUGUAUCACCGGGCGGGUGAUUGAGCAGAGCAAAGAUUGCCAAUGACGCUCGGCGUUAGUCAAUGUCGUCGAUGCGAAAACGGCAGCGAUUAGCUGUCCGAAGGUGUGCAUAUACGCGAAAACGCCACGCGCCCGGAUCAAACGCGCAGUAAAGCGGCAUCGUUCCGUGCCUUUGCUCAUGCCGUCGUCGAAUGCUGCUCAGCGGAUUGAUGAGGAAAGCAAACAGAAAUAAUGAAGUGCAAUUUUCGUUACCUGGCGCGGGUGCUGCUCGCUGGCGGUUGGUUGCAUCAGCUGCUGCUGUGUCUGGUGGCACUCCCGGCCCAAGGAUAUAGCAGUGAUCCGCAUCUGUUCGAGAAUAGAGAUGGCUACAUCAUCGGGAACUAUCUGCAGGCCACCGACCAGGACAUUCGAGACUUCUUCUGGACUGGGUCCGGUGAUGGGCCGAGCUCGGUGCUGAGCCCGUUCGAGCGGUUCCCAAUCAGUGAGGACGCAAUCAUCAAGACGGCCACGGUUGUGGCGACCGUCUACAUCGAUCGCAACGAUGGCCAGGGCGGGUACGACGAUCUGUGCAUCUUUGACUGUCCGCCGGGAGGCGAUCGGGGCGACGGCAUUGACCACCUGCCGAGCGACGGGGACGAGGUGGACGACUACGGCCAUACCGUCGACAACGUAACGCCCACAGACCGACGCUUCUGGCUGAUGACCGUCAUCGGGGGCCUGUACGGUCGGCCCGACUAUCCGGCACUCGAGAGCAAACUGGCCAAGCUGUAUCGGGUUGCAUUCGCCAGGCAACAGGCAUUACAUCUCGGUAUCAACGCAAGCACCAACAACAACCAGCAGCAGCAGCGGCAUUAUCAGAACAACAAUACACUCGAGCAGCAAUCGAUGGCCGGGGAGGACGGCGAGCUGCUGCUGCUGGGCCACCGUACCAAGCGUGCAGUAUCGCCCGAGCGGGACGGAAUCCACCGCGGCUUAACAGCAGCGCAACAACAAAAGGCUGCUGCUGCUGCGGGGCCAAAACCGGAGCCACCUUCCGCCGGGCGGAUGCUGCUGAAUGGAAACGUCAUUGCGUACGAGCGUGGUGCAGGGCGGCACAGGCGACGGAACCGGCAGCGCAAAACCGUACACAAAAGAGACACGGUCCGGAUGGUGCGGCUGGAGGAACAGCCCCGUGGGAGCGAGGUGCUGCCCGUACCGCCCGUAGUGGAAAUCAUCGGUGGAAACGAUCCGACCGGCCCGAUGCCCGAGCCGGAUCAAGAGGAAAAGGAGCCGGGCAGUGGCAGCGCAGCCGGUGACAGCAAUGGCGGUGAAGAGUCCGAAGAACAGUUACGUACGCUGGCCGGUGGUGCUGCUGCCGACGGUGGUGGAGAAGGACCACCGCCCGACCGGACGAUGGUUAGGCGCAAUCACGACAAGGAUGCAUACUCGGCGGGCCGACGCAAGGUGCGGAUCCUGAUACACAAUACCACCCACUUGCGGGAGGAGGAUCGAUUGUCGAUGGAUGACGCCGGACGGGCAAACAACAAUCGCUCCAAGAGCCAACGCCGGGUAGUGGGCGCACCGGAUACGACGAAUAACACACUGAACCAAACGGAAAUCAUCUACUCCGUGUUUGUGGGCGGCCUGCCCGUACUCGCGACGACGGCCGCCGAAGACAUGAAGCUAAUGUCGCAGGACGAAAUGGAGCACGUGCUGGAGACGAUGGUGUACCUCAAGGCAGACCCGUAUCUGAAGGAACCGCAGGCGACACCGUUGAUACCGUCGACGCAGAACGGCAGCGGUAACGUGAUAGCGUUGAUCGGCCAAAACCCGAGCCUGGUCGUGGUGUCGUGUGUGGCGGCCCUGCUGCUCCUGGUGCUGUGCGUGGGGCUGUUUCUGCUGGCGCGCGGCAAACGGAAGCACAUCGGUGAACUGAAGAAGCUGGAGUCAACGCAAGCGCUCGUAAUGCCGGGCACGAUCAGCGAGGAGCUGAAUGCGCUAAAGACCGGCGAAAGUGGCAGCAGUCGCCAUCCGUCACCGUACACGCGCGAUCCGUCCGCCAACGUUAGUCUGAUCGGGCAGAAACCUUCGCCAACGAUCCACUUCCCGCUGCCACCGAUGACGCGGCCCACCUCCUCGUCCUCGAGCUAUUCGUCCGACUCGUCCGUGUACUAUCCGAAGCGCAAGCAGAAGCACCAUCAUCAUCACCACCAUCAUCACCACCAUCAACAGCAGCAGCAGCAGCAGCAGCUCCAGCAGCUGCAAGUUCAGCGCCACGAGCUGCUGGACGAAAAGUCCGUCAAUCUGAGCAACAAGCUGCAGAAACAGUUCCACCUGCAAUCGCUGCUGCCCGUGCACGGUGGGCCCGAGAACGUGUACGCCUCGGUGCAGAAGCCGAAGAAGGAGUCGAACAAGCGGCGCCGGAAGUAUCUGGGCGAGAAUCGGGUCGGAUCGUUCGAGGGUGGCGGGACGGUGCCGGUGCCGCCACGCAGUCCACUGACGACGACCACCGCCAGCAGCGCUAGUCCGAGCGAUCGGUCGGCGUACGACGAUCGCGAACCGAAGCUGGUGCCGGGCGGCCCCCCGUACGGUCACACCGAAACGUUCAACACGGACGUGAUACUGAAGCACUACCUGCGGCGCAAACCGCUGGUAGGGUACGGUGGCGAUGGGCCGGGCCUACCGGUCGAGGCACUGAACCGGGACAAGAUCCGUGUGCUGGAGCAGUGCGGUGGCGGUGGUGGCGUGUCGGUCGAUUCCGGCAGCAUCGGGUCGUACCUGAGCAUGGCGUCGGUGAAGAGUUUCCCCAGAUGCUUUGUGCCGGAACCGCUGAGCCGCGUGCUGGAACCUGUUACCAUGACCCAUCUGGACCAGUCGGACGUGUACGCGGAGGGUAUGAAGUCGACCGGGCCGGACACGGCUGCCACUAGUCAGUACAACACCGACACGGAAGUUCACCUAACCCGAACGCAGAGUGAUGGGGCCGAUCCGGGCGUGGUGGGCCCGAUCGUAUGGCAGAUGCACAAGAAGGAGAUGGACGAGAUCGCUAGCCCCAUGCGCGACCCAGUGGUGACGCGGAAUCGCUUCGAGGGCCUCCUGGAGGGUGCCAUCCAGCUGUACACCGAUGAACCGGAACGGGAGGAAGAGCAGAAGAACUCGAUCCCGUUGCCGGGCGUUAUACGCCCGGUGGAAAAUCGUGGCAAAUCAGCUGUCGUUGUAAGAGAAACAUCCCGCUCGUCUUCGGCCACCAUACGCCCGGUGACGGCCGCCCCGGCACGUAGGAACCAGCCGGGACUGGCGGUGGAGCAUCCGGUUUCGCCCACGCCGGGCACUACCCGUGGUGGAGCGUGGAGCAGUGGCACCCAUUCACCGCUGGUACGGCCGAUGAGUGCGGGCCCGUUUCACACCCCAUCGGGACCAUCGGUCGGUGGCGCACUGGAGGUGACACGCAUUACCGCACCGCAAAGUGUUCUUCAGUCGACGGAGCUGUCGACGGCCCCGCUGCUGCAGAACAUCAUGCAGGAGCUGAAGCGUUUCCGUAACGAGCAAUAAUAGACGGGCGCCGGUCGGGUGCCGCACCACGGAAGAUGUUCAGAACAGCAAUACCUUUACAUAAGAGCCUUUUUAAGCGUGUAUUAUGGGGGGGAUCCUUGCUUGAGAAAGGAGAAGGGAGUUUUUAUAUACGUAUAUUUGUACCUAUACAUUACACAUUACACCAUUACUACAACGUACUGUAAAGAUUCACCGAGUUAGAUCGACUAGUGUGUGAGAGAGAGAGAGAGGUUUUGAUUAUUUCGACGAUCGCUAGGGGAUACGGCUCUAGCAGAUGGGUCGUUCUACC